UUGUCUCUAUUUGGCAUUGGUUGUGGUUGAGGACGGUGAGUUAUUGACUUCUAAGGUUUAAAACAAGAGAGACAAAAGACGAUAGAUAUGCUUCUGGACAUGGAUUUGGAGCAACCGGACACAACCCAGUAACGAAGAAAAAUACAGCUAAAGUAAAGAGAAAAGGCAGCCACAAAUUAUUUUCUUUCUUCUAGGGAUUUUUCUUGAUGAACUGCCAUUCACCUUCAGGAAGAUGCAUGGAUUCUCCACUGUUGAUGGCUUUGUGGAGAUAACUGAAAACUUGGCAGAGAUGAUUAAAUACAUGGCGAAUGAGCCCUCAGUAGGGCUUUUCUAUAUACAGCAGCACGCUCAAAAUGCGGUUCCCAACCUUGUUAAUAUCAAGAACAAUGUUGUGGAGAAGUCUCGUGAAACUAGUUUGCACACUGAAGAUUUGGAGGAUUCCGUCAGCAUGGCAAGUUCAAUGAAAGAAUGUGGUUUCUCUAUAGCUGAUGAUAUGAUAAAAGACAUCAGGAAAUCUCUUGCAGUUAUGUCAAUGAGACAACCAAAGAAAGGUUUAAUCCAUAAACGAACUUUCAGUUUUCAGAUGGGGAGAACUAGCUCCUGGGGCCCAGUCACUUGGGGUCGUGGUUCAGCUCCUACCCAUCCGGAUGAUGAACAGAAUAGUAGUUAUUUUACUAAUGUAUUCAAGUCAGCAAAACAAAAGGCCAGUAAUUUCAAGUGGCCACAAGUUGAUCCAAAAGAUACCAGCUUAGCACAGGGUGAGAAGCUAUUGUCUUGUCCUACUCCACCACUAUCAGUCGCAUCUGUUAGUACAAGUUCUUCUCGGGCAGAUAUGGAAUCUGAUGAACUGCCUCUGUCAAGUGAGGUUGCAGAUGACCUCCUUGAAAAAGAAGUAGAAGAAGGAAAGGAGGAGGUAAAAGUUGAUGAUGUCAGCAUUUCACCCCAAAAUAUAUCGUCAUUGUCAGAAAUUUACGAUGAUUUUAAAGCAGAUAAAGAAGCCAAACUUGAAGAAUGGUUGGGAGGGGCUGAAUGUGACUUGGAUAACUUUAAGAAAGCAACUGAUGCGUAAGGCAGAAAAGGAUGUUUAUCAAAGCUUUAGCUUGUAAAUACUGUUUGUUAUAAAAUUACCCCUGUAUAAUGAUUAUAUACCGCUGAUUUGUUGUGCCACUGGUUAUUCAUCAAUGAGUUAUGUUAGGCUGUUAGCUGUAAACAUAAAAAUCUCCACUGAUUUUCUUUGAACUUCUCAAAUGUCCCAAGAUACUUCAGUAAUGGUGUUUCAAAGAAAUUCUUAC